AUGAAACGAGGUUAUAUUGUGACAAUUAUUUGGGAAGUUAUAUCUUUUACAGCAUUUGUUUUAAAUUUAACGGCCAAUAGUAGUGACCGUUGGUGGGUAAAAGCAAGAGAAGGUGGUGAACAUACGUUUGUAAGAGCUGGCUUAUGGCAAGUUUGUUUUAAUAUGUAUCGUCAUCGUUUUGAUUAUUACGGAAAGAUUUAUCAUGGUUGUUGGUGGCUUUUUUCUCCUGAAAUUCGUCUUUUACGUUCAUGGAUUUCAACAAAUUGGCUUCGUUGGGUUCAAGCAUUAUCAACGCUUUCAUUAAUAACAUCAUUUUUUGCUGUUAUUGUUGCUUUACUCAUUCUACGUAAUAGUAACGGAUUUCGAUCAUCAAAACAAAUUCUCUUUGCAGCAGUACUACAUGCCAUUGCUGGAAUAUUAAUGUUAGCAACAGUUAUUGCAUUUGGUAUUGAUGGCCGUCGACGUGAUUGGAUGUUGAAUUGGCAAUUUAAUUGGUUUGGCUGGAGUUUUAAGUUAGCCAUUGUUAGUGGUAUACUUCACAUAAUAGCAGCAUUGAUGGCUGGCUAUCAGGGAUCAAAUAGGUAUUUGCAUGAUAUGUAUGAUUAUGAAAGAGCUCAUGAAGAAAUAGAAAAUCGUUCAACAUUAAAAGUACCUACUUAUCAAGGUCGUCCAACAUCUGAGCGUGCCUUAUCAUCAAGCGGAGAAAGUAAAACAUAUCUUCAUCAAUAUGCAUAA